AAACAUUUCCUUGUCCUCUGGCCUUGACUGGUGGUUUGGCAUUCAUAGCUAGCCUAAAGUUUCGCUACUAUGGGAAGUAUUACAGAUGUUUACUCCUCUGUCUGCAAAGAACUAAAACUACGAACUAAUCGAUACAUUUUAGAAGUCCUGCAAGAGACGGAGGGGAAGACGGGAGGCAUCACACUCAAACUGACUGGGAACGACAGGCUGAGAAAGGUAAAACAAGUGACCAACAAAGAUGCCCUCGCUCUGUCCAGAACCCUCCGAGACAACGACUCAGUGACAGGUCUGGAUUUGAGGUACAACUGCAUCACAGAUGAGGGGGCGGGACACCUCGCUGACCUCCUCAAGGAGAACGUGUGUCUGCGCUUUCUGGACCUGACGUGUAACGACAUUCAGACAGACGGAGCUGAAUACAUUGCAAAGAGUUUGACUUCUAAUGAUGCCCUCCUGUCUCUGAGGCUGACUGGUAAUAAGAUAGGGAACGGAGGAGCCAUGCACUUCGCCAGCAUGCUGCAGGUCAACUCUACACUACAGGAGCUGGACGUUGCCGACUCUGACCUGGGGACUCAGAGUGUGAUAGCGUUUGCCAUCGUCUUGAACAACAACAAGAGCCUCCGAUCUGUCAACAUCAGCAGACCUCUACUCUUCAGCCACCAGGAGGAGACAGCGGUCCAUCUGUCAGGUAUGUUGGUAGUUAAUCAGUGUCUGAGGGAGCUGCACCUGGGAAAGAUGGGCAUGACUGACUAUGGAGUGGAGAGACUCACUGAUGCCCUGAGAACCAACUACACCCUCAAAUACCUGGACUUACGCUGUAACCGCGUGACUCGUGACGGGGCGCGGUGUCUAGCAAAGGUCCUGAAGAACAAUGGAACCUUGGAGAUUCUGGACCUGGCGUCCAAUCGCAUCGAAGACGAUGGUGCCCUCUACCUCAGCCAGGCUAUCGCCUUGCCCACCUGCAACCUCAAAGCGUUGUCUAUCCCCAAUAAUAACAUAGCUACUGUUGGUCUGGUGUCUCUGUCUCGGGCCAUGCAGGCUAACAACACUCUCACACACAUCUACAUUUGGGGGAACAGACUGGAGGAGCCGGUCUGUCAGGCUUUCAGUGAUCUGCUGUCCAGUGGUCGUCUGUCGUCGGAGCAGACCGAUGUGUGUGUGUACGAGGUGGACGGGUGUGUGUGUCUGGCUGAGGUCUUCCAUGGGCUGAAGAGGCACUACUACUGGACACCCAGCUACGGCCAGGAUGUAAAUCCUGCUAGCAAUGCAGCUGUGGCCCUCACAAAUACACAACUCUAUCCUAACUCCUCACACACACCCUAAACCCUUAAUAAUACUACCCACCUGGCGCACAUUCAGUUAAACUUGAUGCAUACAUGCACUCUAAUAAAUAUCUAAUAAACUGUUUUAAGUAA